AAAAGCGCUAGAGUGAGUGACCAUUGCUGAGACCGUCAGUGAAAGCGGUUACACGCCUUCUCAGGAAAUCAGAUCAUUCAUUAUUAACAUACUCUACAGUCAGGUGUUAAAUUAUUCUACCGUGGAUUAUUUCGCCCGUGUUCCCUCCGCAGGAGUCGGACGCCUCAUCGGUGUUAUGUUCUGUGGCACCCUGAGAUCCGGAGCUGAUCGCCAACUACAGUAUGCGGUUUACUGGGAACAUAUAUGACCAUUUCUGAUCUGAAGCUCACUCAGUAGUUUGCUACAGAUAUGGUAUCGCUGACCAUUUUUCUGCCUUUGGCUCGUUUUCAGACCUCCUGAAUUUUUACACUUGAGCAGGACCGAGUGGGUUUUGGCACAUUAGUAUACAUGCUCGAGGCGCAACAUGUCUUUGUACAUGAGUGCUGGGCAGUCAUAACAAAACAAGGGGAAACUCCCCUCCGAAGACUCCUGAACAAUGACCGGACCAAGCGCCACCAGCAGCGGCUCAACGGCCAAGAGCAGCAGACACGGUCGGUCUAAGAGCAGCAGUACUUACUGUCACACUACCGGUCCGGCUGCUGAAUCCUCCUCUUCCACUGCCGCGAACAACACUGGUAGGUCGUCCGGUGAGGAAGAGGAGAAAGACGGCGGGGUCCCGUUUUUCGUGAACAGGACGGGCUUUCCAAUAGACACCGUCACCUGGGACAGAAUGUGGUCACAUGUCACCAGAGUUCAUCCUGAUGGACAGGAGAUGGUGGAUAGAAUACGAAAUGCAACACACCUCCCUAAACACUUCGUGCCAUCGGUUCCAAACUUUAAGCCAUCGAUGUCUGUGCCUGAUUGGCUCCAUGCUGUCCAGAACUACAUGAGAAACUUGCAAUACAACCAUACGGGAACGCAGUUCUUUGAGAUUAAGAAAACCAGACCUCUGAGUGGGUUGAUGGAGACCGCCAGAGAGAUGAUACGAGAAUCACUUCCCAUCAAAUGUCUUGAAGCAGUUAUCCUUGGAAUCUACCUAACCAAUGGUCUGACCUCCGUGGAACGGUUCCCCAUCAGCUUUAAGACCCAGUUCUCCGGCCACCACUUCCAUCACGUGGUGCUGGGCGUUUACUGUAACGGCCGAUAUGGCACCCUGGGUAUGAGUCGACGUGCUGACCUUAUGGACAGAUCUCUGAGCUUCCGUACGCUCAGCGAGUUGGUGUUCGACUUUGAGGACUCGUACCGCCGCUACCAGCACACCAUGAAGAAGAUCAAAAUUGGCCUGUACGUGCCCCACAAUCCGCACGUUUUCCAGCCUAUUGAGUGGAACUAUUUGGUGAUCAACGCCUGCAAGCAGGGCCGUGAAGACAUGCGCAAAGAGCUGGAGAAGCAUGGCCGUGACAUGAGGAUGAAGAUCCUCAAGUCAUCCAGUGCUCAGUCUCCAAUCAAAGAACGAACCCGAGGCAAGUCUUUAUCACCGCGCCGCCGAGCAGGCAGCAGCCCUCAAAGACGCCAACAUGUCCACAGAAGAGACAAAUCGCCAGCAGCACUGGACAGAAAGCCAGCAGAGCUCAGCACCCUCAGUGAUGGCUACCAGAUCCGCAUCUAAGACACUAAACGUACCAGCUUUAUCCUCCACACAUCCCCCCUCAGUCAGAUCCACUGAAGAUGUUUUUAAACACUAUUUAAUGCACAUUGUGAACUGUACAGGAUAUUGAACACAUUUAUAGUUGUACUUUCAUGUUAGAGAGAGCAUUUGGUGCCCUUCUUAAAGUCAAAAGCAAAAGUUGAAAGCAAUUU